GGCGGGCCGGGGCUGGAGCUGCAGGCCUGCCGGGGGGGAGGGGCGCGGGCCGCGACUGCGGGGAUCUGGUGGCCCGCGGCCCUCCCCGCACACUGGCCUCCCGCCGCGCCGCUCGGCCGCCGCGAGCUCCGGUACAGGCUGCUUCUACAACUUUGUGUGGAGGUAUCAUUGACAUGCCCUGGAAAUUGCCCUUGUGGAAUCUGCAUUUCCGGGUGAUUGUGAGCUCUGGCCCUUCUUGUGAAUGGAGUCUGCCCACGGGAAGCUUAGGACCCAGCAGCAGCGAGUCCCCUCACUUCAGUGCCUUCUCUCUCUUCCCUGUUUCUUCUCCGCAGUUCAUGCUUUCUGUGUCUGUGGACUACACUCUUCUGGACGUUUCCUGUGGCCACGGCUUAACACUCUGAGGCCUUUUGGACUACUUUAACGCUGCACGCUUCCAGGCUUCAGCCACGUGGUACCCUGUGUCGUUUCCUUUCCUGGCUGAAGACUAAGUGUCCCACUGAGUGCAUAGUUAUGACCGGGGCUGGUACCUGUACAAUUCCGUGGACUCCACUAUUCCUGAAAAAUAAACUCAUUGAAGGUCUUAUGCAAAUAAAGCGGUUUUAAAGCCUUCUGAAACGACACCACUGAGGAAUUCACCGACUCCAAAAUUUUCUAGCAUGUGGUACCACAGGUUGUCCUAUGUACAAAGGAGGCUCUGGGACCUGCUGCAGGCAGGAGUCACGAGUAGUACCCUUCAAAAGACCAGCUUCAGAAGUGGAUUCCCAUUAAGCAGCCAUUGCUGUCACACAGCCUCCAAGUCUCAGAAGUGUGCUUGGCAACUACAUGAAGAUCAUUUUGAGUUAAAAUACUUGAACACUGUGAUGCGAUUUGAUUAUGUCUGGCUUCGAGACCACUGUCGUUCAGCAUCUUGCUACAACUCUAAGACCCACCAGCGUAGCCUGGACACUGCCAGUGUGGAUCUAUGCAUCAAGCCAAAGGCUAUCCGUCUGGAUGAGACCACACUCUUUUUUACAUGGCCGGAUGGUCACAUAACUAGAUAUGAUUUGGAUUGGCUGGUGAAAAACAGCUAUGAAGGGCAGAAGCAAAAGGUCAUCCAGCCCAGAAUCUUAUGGAAUGCUGAAAUUUACCAGCAAGCCCAAGUCCCAUCUGUAGACUACCACAGUUUCUUAGGAACCAAGGAGGGACUGAAGAACUUCCUGCAAAACUUUCUACUCUAUGGAAUUGCUUUUGUAGAGAAUGUCCCUCCCACUCAAGAACACACAGAAAAGUUGGCAGAAAGGAUCAGCUUGAUCAGAGAAACCAUCUAUGGGAGGAUGUGGUAUUUCACUUCUGACUUUUCCAGGGAUGACACUGCGUACACGAAGUUAGCUCUGGAUCGCCACACUGACACCACCUACUUUCAAGAGCCUUGUGGCAUUCAGGUGUUUCACUGUCUUAAGCAUGAUGGGACAGGUGGCAGGACUCUGCUAGUCGACGGAUUCUAUGCAGCACAACAGGUGCUUCAAAAAGCUCCUGAAGAAUUUGAACUCCUCAGCAAAGUGCCAUUGAAACAUGAAUAUAUUGAAAACGUUGGAGAAUGUCACAAUCACAUGAUUGGAGUUGGGCCAGUCUUAAAUAUCUACCCAUGGAAUAAAGAGCUCUACUUGAUCAGGUACAACAACUAUGACCGAGGUGUCAUCAACACUGUACCUUAUGAUGUGGCCCAUCGCUGGUAUACUGCACACCGGACCCUAACAAUAGAGUUGAGGAGACCCGAGAAUGAGUUUUGGGUCAAACUAAAGCCUGGCAAGGUCCUAUUUAUAGACAACUGGCGCAUCCUCCAUGGCAGGGAGUCCUUCACAGGCUACCGCCAACUCUGUGGCUGCUACUUAACCAGGGAUGAUGUACUGAACACUGCUCGUCUCUUGGGACUUCAGGCUUAAAAUUGGGACUGUGCACACACCUGGCAUCUUGGCCACCUGCCAGGGGGCACAUCACAAGAUUACACAUCAGCAGAAAAUAGUGUGUCAAAACUUAUUUUAAACCAUCUCCUUAUCCCCAUCGCACAAAGCUGAAGCUGCCCUUUCUCUACUAAGAGCUACCUGUUAAUAGAGAGGUCUCCCAGUCACCUGAUGUCCUCUUGUGUGGUAGCUCUUUUACUGAGGUUAUAACAGAAAGCCAUUGUCUAUUAGAUCUUCUGGUGUAAUUAUAGUCAAUAUACUUUAGAAAUAAAAUCUUCACAUAUGAAAGUAAUGUCACUAGGCUAGAAAAAAAAAGACUGCAACCAAAUCAGUUAGAAAUGCACUCUAAGAAUUAAAAAGAACUCUUGAUAAGACA